AUGAAGAUCACUCGCUAUAAGCGCGUUCAGCGGUACCUCUCCUUCUACCGAAACAACUUCCACUUUCACCCGCCGUACCAGAUUCUGCUGGAUGGCACCUUCUGUCAGGCUGCGCUGAAGAACAAGGUGAACAUCGCCGAGCAGAUGCCCAAGUACAUCGGCGACCAGGUGAAGCUGCUGACGACGGUGUGCGUGGUGAAUGAGACUGAAAAGCUCAGCAAGGCACUCUACGGUGCGAUGCUCAUCGUGAAGCAGUUUCCAGUGCACAAGUGCGGCCACGAGAAGAACCCAAUCGGUGCCAGUGAGUGCCUGCACUCGUUGGUGAAGAGGAACUCCAGUGACCACUACUUUCUCGCGACGCAGGACGCCGAUCUGACGGAGAGGGUGCGCCGCCUCGCCCAUGUGCCGCUGAUCUACAUCAAGAUGAACACCAUCGUCAUGGAGAAGCCGCAGGACCUGGCGAAGGACAUGGCCGAGCAGUCGCAGGAGGCGGCACUCACCGUCGACGACCACCAGCUGCAGACGCUGAAGUCGCUGAAGAGGCGAGUGCUCGGUGAGGACGCGGAGGAGGAGGAGGCGGAUAAGAAGAAGAAGAAGCGGAAAGGUCCGAAAGGACCGAACCCUCUCUCCUGUAAGAAGAAGGGCGCCGCCUCAAAGGCAGCUCACCCCUCAUCAUCAUCAUCAUCAUCAUCAUCGGCGGCGGCGGGGGCAUCAAACUCGAAGGAGAGCAGAAAGAAGCGAAAGCGAGCUAACCGCAUACCGAAUCACAUCAAGCGAAUGUUCAACAAGAUUGAGAGCGAGCUGACGGCUAAAGAGUGA